AUGUCGACCCCAAGCAAGGCCGACGUCUACAUCAUCACCAAGUCUUCCAAAAAGUCAAACCCGCCAAGCCUACGGGUACACAAGGUGAGUCAAGUUCCACAAAAAGCAUCGGGGAACCCCCUCCGACGGCUGCAGUCCGGCAAAGUGAGUGGUUCGGGGUCUCGUCAUACAGUUUUGACAAUCCACUCUACCACAAUGGUGCGCGUGCCCGGACAUCUGGAAGACACGGGAUUGCACCACGAGUCCCAAGAUGAAGAAGGUGUCAAGGUCACGUUAGAACCGAAGACCGAUGAACCACUGGAAGACCGACCACCAGUGACACUAGAAUACAAAAACAAAGAGUCGAAGGACCGACCGGACCUUGGCAGGGGUCCGGUCGACAUGUUCAAGGUUGAAAAUAUUGAAGAAAAACACCUUAGGACCACCGACGGAGUCGGAUCAACGGCCGAAGAUGCAAUCUGGAAAGCUAUGGUCCCCGACACCAAAGACCCCUAA